GAACUAGUAGAAGAGGGUACCAUGAACUACCAAAGGUUUGAUGAUGAGGAAGAAGAAGACAUGGUUAUGCCGCCAAAAGCACAAAAUGAAGAGAUCAUGACGGAGGUGCGCCUUGACCAAGAUGGCGUCGAUGUACAGAUUGUUUCAAGUGAUAAACAUGUCAUACGUGCAUCUUCUGGGACCAAUGGUACUUUUUACGAUACAGAGGCUCAGCAAGGGGGGCCACAACACAUUGAGGAUCCUGCAGGGGACCGUUACACAGCAGAAACACCUCUGGAACAUGCACAGUUAAUGGUGAGGAAGGUUGUAGAACAUAUUAUCUUCAGACUGGUCACAAUGGUGCUCAUUCUCAUAGACAUUGUACUGGUGAUAGUUGACAUAUCAAUCACGACAGACAGCAAGAAAGGCUUUGAUGUUGUUGCUCUCAUUUUCUCAUGUUAUUUUAUGACAGAGGUUAUUGCUAGGAUAUUUGGGAGAGGCCCAAAACUGUUCUUCAAAAACUGGGUGGAUGUGGUUGACUUUGUGGUGGUGUUGAUAGCCUUCAUUUUCACUCCUAUAUAUACAGCUUUAGAUUUAAGAAACUUACAGCAGAAUGCUGAGUUGGGAAAACUAGUUAUUGCUGGCCGUCUGAUCAGAGGCAUACUCAUCAUUCGAAUCAUUUACACGGAGAGAAAGAAUGUUGCUAAGGCCUCUCGACUGAUGGUCUCAGAAAACAAGAGAAGAUACCAGAAAGAUGGUUUUGAUCUGGAUUUAUGUUAUGUGACAGAAAGGGUGAUUGCAAUGUCAUUUCCUUCUACUGGAAUUAUGUCAGUUUAUAGAAACCCAAUCCAGGAAGUUGCAAGAUUUUUUGACACCAAGCACAAGGACCAUUACAAAAUAUAUAACCUCUGCAGUGAGAGAGGGUAUGAUGAGACAUUAUUCCACAACAGAGUGGAGAGGGUCUAUAUUGAUGACCACAAUGUACCAGAACUCAAGGAUAUGAUAACCUUUGCUAAAAGUGUAGAAGCUUGGAUGAAUGAAGAUCAAAACAACAUCAUAGCAGUGCAUUGUAAGGGAGGCAAGGGACGGACAGGCACCAUGAUCUGUACAUGGCUGGUGCACUGUGGCUUGUUUGAACAGGCUCACGAAAGUCUUGAUUAUUUUGGAAGGCGACGGACUGAUCAAAGUGUAGGAAGUAAAUUCCAAGGUGUUGAAACACCAAGUCAGAGCCGCUAUGUUGGAUAUUUUGAAAAAAUCAAGAAGAAUUUUAAUGAAGAGCUCCCUCCUGACAAGAGAUUAAGAAUGACGCAGAUCAAAAUCACUGGAAUAACUGGUGUGGGAAAUGGAGAUGGCUCCGACCUCAGUAUGAUGCUGUUCAAAGACAAGGUGGAGAGAUUUAACUGCCAGUUUGGAACCAACACAAAUUGCAAACUCACACAUGUGCAAGAGGAAGAUUUCAUUUCAAUAGAGCUUGAAGAUUCUCCUAUUCUGGUUGGUGACAUCAAAGUCAGAUUUACCUCUACUGCUAAAAUACCAAUUGGCUAUGAUAACUGUCCAUUUUAUUUCUGGUUUAAUACAUCCUUUGUAGAGGAUAACAGAUUAAAAUUGCUCAGGUACGAGAUUGACAAUCCACACAAAGAGAAAACAUGGGAUGUUUUUAGGGAAGAAUUCACCAUUCAACUUUUCUUUGAGGGUGUAGAUGACUUAUGAAGAUGCUUGCACUGUUAAUUAUUCAAAAAAGUCCAUUGCCAUGACAACCACUAGAGAUUGAAAAGCUCGGUGUGCCCACCAGCAUUGAAGAGACAGCCAGCAGUCACAUUUCCUUAUCAAAUCCUGAUCAAUUCUCAUGAUUGUUUAUUAAGAUGGUAUAUAUUUGAUUUUGUUAAUCACCUCUUAUUUAUAUUCAGAGUACCACUUUGCAACUUAUUUGAUAUUAGAGUAUAUAUAUAUAUAUAUAUAUAUAUAUAUAUAUAUAUAUAUAUAUAUAUAUAUAUAUGUACACACACACAGCAAUGCACAUGUCAACAUUAAUAAAUUUAAACCAGAGGAAUCUGAGGCACCAGAUACAUGUAGCUUGAAUGCCAUUCUAAUUUUUUUUCAAUCUGCCAGCAAUCUGAAUAUAUUGCUCUUUUGGUACUUGAAUGGCUUUCAGAACAAAAACAAAUUUUGAUUGCCUUCCAGAUUUUGUUAUUAUAAGCAUUCCUCAUGUUACAAUCUAACUGCAUAUUACACGUAAUGCCCUUACAUUGUAUUUGUUUUGUUGCCAGUUGUUGAUGUAAAUGAAUGUCUUCAUUCCAUUACAUAUACACAUUGUCUAGUCACAAACAUUCUGAUGCCAUAUCAAUGAUAAUAUUGUCAAUACUAUUAAAUUUGGUGACCAUGAUGUAAUGUAUAAUUAAUCCUGGCCACAAGAAUUUAUUGAAGUGCAAGACAUACUGACUUGUGCAAUUUUUUAUGAACUCAAUUUUUAUGGUUACCAUAUUAUAUUUAAAUUACAUGUAACAUCUAUUUCAAAAUUAGUGUUUAUAUUUUAUUCAGAAGUAACAUUAUGUUAUAAGUCAAAAUUCAUUGAUUAAUGGUGCUCCUAUGUAAAUAAAAACGAUAAUAGUCAUUGGGACAACUUUCUUAUAUUUCUUUUAAACAAGAUGAUCUUUUGUCAAGAUGAAAUUCAACAGUAUUUUCUAAUUUUUUUUAUUUAGAAUCACUCUCUGUCAACUAUUUUCCCCUUAAAUUAUACUUUAAGGCUCCGUUCACAUGAAAAAUCCAUUUUCUAAAAAUC